CAUCCCCCCCACCUCAUCCCUGCACGUCCCACGGGGUUUCGCACGGGCCGCGCCAUGGAUCCCAAGUGUCGACGCCUGGAUCUCUCGCAGCUCCGAAGCGUGGAGGGCGAGGCGGAGUGGAAGAUGCUGGACGCCGGCCGCAUGCGGGCUCACUAUCUCAGGCGCGGCGCGGCAGCGCGUGGCCAAUGCGAAUGCCAACACUUCCACUUGCCGGGCUUUCCGGAGGUUGAUUUCACGUGCCCUCGGGACCACCGGCCUCCAACCGGCCGGUUCAUGCUCUACCCCAUGGGCCUUUGCCUCCACAUGGAGUCCAGUGACGAGCACAGCUCGGGCUCGCGCAGCGCUGCGGUCGCUCGGAGUGUGGUCUUGGGACUUCACGUGAGCGGCCCCGGCUGUGAGGGCGUGGGCUUUGAGGUGCGUUUGCACCUGCGGCUGCUCAGUCGCGCGGCGGCCUUGGCGGAAGCGGUGGAAGAAAAGGCCCUGGCAGGCACUGGGCGUGUGUCAUGCGAAAGUCUUUGGCCUGAGGGUGUGGAUGUGUGCCAAUGCAGCUGCCAUGUGCUUGCGGCACCUCCACCCUGUGGCGACCCAGUGCUCCGGCUCUCCACCGUUUGGCAACCUCAGAAGGAGGCCGACUCCGAUGAGGACAUCGAACGUUUGGAUGGGGAUGACGACGAGUAGGAGUGAGACGGGGCCAGACUUGCCAGACUUGCCAGGCGGGCAGAUUGAAUGAUGCUGAGGGUUUAUGGGUUUAUGGGUUUUCUU